AUGAAUAAUAAUAGCGCCACGGAGGCAACAUCAAGGGCACAGAUGCGGCCCUAUUAUGAUCCUGAUUCAUUCAACGCCGGUUAUAGCGCUAUUUUCAAACCUGAAGAAGGUGUAGUAGAUCCACAGGGAUAUACCAUUGCGUCUAAACUAAAUGUUAUUAAUUCAUCCCCCACAACGAAGAGAAUGGCAAAUAUGUUUAAAAGUUCCCCAAUGAAAAAAUUAUCAAAUUCCAUAAACGAUGGAUUGUCAUCCGAUGGUGGUAGCAGCGAAAUAACUAGUUUGAAUAACUUCGAGUGGGCAGAACUGAUCAAUCUCCAGAAAUGGCGUAAAAUAUUUGAACAACUGCUCGAUAUGUUCUUUAGAAGAUAUUUUCAAUUGCUCAUCCAGCAGCCCUUUGAUGUAGCAAGACUGCUUACUCAAGUGGGUGAAUUUCAAGUACCCAAUACUAUAGUCAACGAAAGUAGACCUGAACCUCCGAUAAUCCUGCGGGAUGAAGAAGCCGGUGCCGCGGGGGAAGAGGAAGAAGGUUAUGGUUACGAUGAGGAGGAAAUCGAUUUCUUUCCCGUAGAAAGAAAGAUGGCUGAGGCAAACUCUAAUACGCCUUUUAUGGUCGAUGAGGCUGAUCAUCCACAUUCUGGACUCACUGAUAGUUCUCUAAUCAUCACUCCUCAAUCCCUACAUACAAUCGAUGUCAUCAAUGCUCUAUUCGACCAGGAGGGUAUUCGUGGUUUAUGGAAGGCCAACAACACAACCUUUAUUUAUAAUUUUCUUUCUCUAAGCAUUGACACUUGGUUCACAGGUUUACUUUCAUCUUUUUUGGGUGUUCCCGACCCUUACUUUAUGGAGGUUAUCAACUCAUCGGAUAUUUCUAAAUCUUUCAUCUUAGCCUUCGGCGCAGGGGUAUUCACUAGUAUCAUAUUGCUACCUGUGGAUUUGAUUAGAACUAGAUUGAUAGUUACAUCAUUUAAGAGGAAGAAGAAUGGCAAGACAAAUGUAAAGAGUAAGAUUACGAAUACCAGAAGUUUGAGACAAUUGAUUAGAUGUUGGUCAUGGCGUAAAAACGGUGUUUCCAUUCCUCUAGACAUGUGGUCCUUGACCAUUCUACAAUCUAUCAAUAACAGUUUUUUCAACAAAUUAUUUGAUUUAGUCAUCUACAAUCAAUUUCAUAUCGAAAAAUACUCUCAAACUGUGAUGUAUAAUACGAUGAAGUUUUUUUCUAAAUCAAUUGAACUGUUUAUUAAAUUACCGGUAGAGAAUCUGUUACGUCGCUGUCAAUUAAACUACCUAUUGAACGAUCAACGGUUGUUAUUUAAAGUUGACUCCACGGAAUUGAUAGUAAAACCAAAAAAAUAUAACGGUAUAUGGGAUGUGGUUAGAAACAAUUCUAAAACGGAUAGGGGCCAACUCUGGAACGGUUGGAAGGUUGGUGUGAUUAGCUUAAUUUGCGGGUAUGGGCUACAAAUGAUAAAUAAGGUUGAUAUCAACAUGGAGCAAGAGAAAUUCUAA